CAUCCAAUUUCCUGUAUGAGACUUACACGAUUGGCACCUCGGUCCGUGCCACGCCCUUGCCCUCCCUUCCCAUGCCCGUUUCCCGGUACGCCAAUUUCUCUCUAUUUUCCCCCAAAAUAUCACCUCUGCCUCUUGCUUUCUUCCUCGUUCCUUGACUCCUUCCUCCCAAUUCCCUCUCCAUUCCUGCCAGAGACCCAAAUCUCCGGCCCUUCGUCCUCUCCAAUCCCUAACCGGUUCCGUCCACAGUUCCUCCCGAUCGAUUAAUUCCCUUCUUUUCUCCAAAGGUUCGGAAAAUUAUGGUUUCUCGUCAAGUUUUUCCUUGGAUAUCGUAUGCUUUCUUUUUUUUUCCCUUUAAUUUAGGGUUCUUUAGCUGAUUGUGAGCUGCGAUCCUUGGAUUUGGGGAUCAUACUAUUGGAGUAGUUCCGUCAAGACCGGAUUUUUGGUAGCGGGAUGCGUGCCGUGCCAAGAUAACUCGUUUCUAUAGGGUUUUGAGUCGAUUCAAGCAGUUCAUAGCGCUUUAAUUGGGAUUUUGGGAUUCUAGGAGAUUAGGGUUUAUUGUUAUGUUUCAUUCUUGGAUAUGGAUUCGAGCCGGAGAGCUGUGGAAGCGUACUGGAGAUCUCGCAUGGUUGAUGGAGUGACGACGGACGAAGAUAAGGUCGCCCCCGUCUACAAGUUAGAGGAGAUCUGUGAGCUUCUGAGAACCUCUCCUGCGGGCAUCGUGAAGGAGGUCUCGGAUUACAUUCUCAAACGGCUUGAUCACCAGAGUCCCAUCGUCAAGCAGAAGGCAUUGCGGCUGAUCAAGUAUGCAGUGGGAAAGUCCGGCAAUGAGUUUAGGAGGGAAAUGCAACGGCACUCCGUGGCCAUUCGACAACUUUUUCAUUACAAGGGCCAGUUGGAUCCCUUGAAAGGAGAUGCCCUAAAUAAGGCUGUCCGUGACACUGCUCAUGAGGCAAUCCAAGCUGUUUUUGCUACUGAUGACUACAAGGUAGUGGCACCAGUAGAAGGUCUCAACAAGCGCAUCCAAGGCUUUGGUAAUACAAAUUUUGAGAUGCCAACAGAAGAUAAGAAAUCUUUUCUCAGUGAAGUGGUGGAACUUGGUAGUGCCUCCCUCAGGCAGGGACUGAGCACCAUUGCUGCAGCCCAUGGGACAAGGAAAGUUGAUAGUGGGAGUUACAGAAGCCCAAACCUGCGAAGGUCUCUAACAACAGAAAGAGAUAGCCAUGAUAAAUAUCAAGGCGAUGAGCACCAUAGGGAAAGCUGGACUUCUUCUGGAGUCUCAGAAAAUAUGGCAUCUGGAACAUGGAGCCUGGAUUCGAGAAUGACCAUAACAGGGACAGCAACACAUGAGGAUGCCGGUUCAAGUCACUCAGGGGUUAAGAGUCAUGAAGAGAAGCUUUUGGAGACUAUAGUCACAUCAGGAGGUGUUCGUCUACAACCAACUCGUGAUGCUCUUCAGGCUUUUCUUGCUGAGGCAUCAAAACUGGAUGCAAAGGCUAUGAGUCGUGCACUUGAGAAGAAGCUUCAAUCUCAUUUGUGGCAGGUCCGAACGAAAGCAAUCUGUGUACUGGAAUCAAUUAUGAGGAAAAAGGAUGAUGAGCAUUUUUCUAUUAUAGCAUCUUAUUUUAGUGAAAACAGAGACUCCGUGGUCAGGUGUUCUCAGUUACCUCAAGUUUCUCUGAGGGAGAAGGCAAUUAAGGUCUUAAGUCUUCUAGAUGGGGAGCAGACUUCUGGGGCAAGGAACGAAGAGGGGCUAUCAGGUGCAAAAACUAUGCCUGCCCCAAUUAUUCAGAUGCCUGACUUAAUUGAUACUGGUGACCAAGAUGAUCAUGGUAAUGAAGCUUCCACUCAGAAGCAGGGGGAUCAGAGCACUGGGAAUCUAACACAGCCUGCUUCUCUGGUUGAUGAUCUUUUCGGAGGUGCUCCUGUUGCUGGACUGAGCACAACUCGGGGUAAAAAUGAAGAUGAUCCAUUUGCAGACGUAUCAUUUCAUGUCACAGAAGACAAGGAACAUAAUGACCUUUUCUCUGGAUUGACGGUUGAUGAUAAGAAAUCUGAUAUUGAGCUCAAUAUGCCUGCCAGUAAUACCUCUGGAUUGCUCGAUGUUUUUGGUGUCAACUCUGAGCAGCUUCUACAGGAUUCAGGAGCAGAUAAAAGGAAUGUGAAUGAUUUGAUGGCUGGUUUGACUCUUAAUGGAAUGGCCCAAGAUAACAAACAACCUGGACCUGCUGGAGCAACUGGAGGUGCCUUUCCCGGAGUCACUUUCUUGGAUGGUACAAGUCAACCAAGCCAGCUUCCUACAAAUGGAGCAUUGAAUGGUAUCUUUGGUUCAAAUGCCAUGUAUCCUCAGGCUCCCAUGCACUAUGGGAUUCCUCCAAACAUUAUGUUCAGUCCAGCUUUUGCUGCCCAGCCAAUAAACUAUGACGCAAUAGGUGCUUUCAUUGCUCAGCAUCAAUUAUUAUUUCAAAACCUUGGGAGUCGCAACACGGGAUUUGGACAUGUGGCUGGGAAUGCCAAUGAAGGAGGUUACUCUUUACCCCUCCCUGAUAUCUUUCAGCUUUCAAACAAUCCAGUUCAAAGCCAUGGUCCAAUCAUGAACAGCUCGAAGAAAGAGGAGACUAAGGCCUUCGAUUUUAUAUCGGAUCAUCUUUCAGUUGCCCGUGAUUCAAAGAGAAUUCUUUGAAGCUUUUAAUAGCAGAUGUUUUAAGCUGAGUGACACUACCAAAAGCCUCGAAACUGGUUUUGGUGCUUGAUGGAAGUGCCUCGGGUCAUUCUUUUGCAAUAAUGGAAUUCGCGCCUUGAGGCAUGAGUCGUACUACGCCUUGCCAAUUUUCAUAUUGUACUGUCGGGUAUAUAGUCGGAAAUGCGAAGGUGACGCAGAGAGGAUGGUUUGGGUUGCUGUAUUUAACUGUGAAAUUUGGACCAGGUGCAGUUUGUUAUUUUUCAUUCUCUUUCUUUAAUGAAAACUGUUUGGGGCUUGUAUCGCUUGCGUCACUUGCAUUUUGCCUUCAGUAAUUUGCAUGCGGAUGAAAUGAGCUUCUGAAUCAAA